AAGUUCAUUUGUUUCUGUUGUUAUCUUUAGCUCUUGCGGAAGAAGUUUAAAGAUGAUUUCCUCAGGAUAAAGCAGUGUUUGCCUACUAAGCGCCACGAACUUUCACUGAUACAAUUUCCUUGGGUUGUGAAAAAAACAUUUUACUAUUGGGAUCAAAGAAUCAAGGUCACUUGUGAAAUCUAGAGGGUCAUUAGGUCUCAGUAUGAUUUUUUUUAUUGGUUAUCAACACGUCUCAUCAUGUUAAGUUGUGACUUAUUGAACACUGUUAGUACUGCAGGACCCCUAGUGAUCCUCAGCGUCCUGCAGGAGUGUGAGGGAGGGAUGAGGGCGAGUGUGGCUCUACUACUACUAGUGGUGAUGUUGGUGUCUGGCCCCCACUACGUCCUCUGUCGCAAGUCUCCUGGUAUGGCGCUACUGACGGCGGCGACGAAGGGGAAGCUGGGCCGUAUGAGACAGAUCCUCCAGGGGAGAAAUGCUGACAUUAACUAUGCUGAGAAGUCCGGCUGGUACCGCGGCUACACAGCUCUGAUGUGGGCCGCCUCCAGGAACAACACUGUGAUGGUGGAGGAACUGUUGAUGAGAGGCGCCGACGUUAAUCGCGAGAGUUAUGCUGACGUCACGGCUUUGUACCUGGCAGCUAAGAGCGGCUUCCUGGAGGUGGUAGAGAAGCUACUGAAGAAAGGAGCCAAGCCGGAUAUUGCUACUUCUCAAGGGUUCACUGCCUUACUCUACGCGGUAUGGAACAAGCAUGUGGACGUGGUCAAGGCGUUGCUCCACUUCAAGGCCAACCCUAACUAUCAGACCCCUACCAGCAAGUACUUCCCGCUGUACCUGGCCACCACUCAGGAGGAUACACAAAUGGUCGUUGUUUUGCUGGAGGCAGGAGCUGAGACCAAUCUCCAGACCUCCUGGGGGGUAACAGCACUACAGGCAGCAGCUGUAUGGGGUCAACAGAACGUGAGUGAAAAGCUGCUGCAAUAUGGUGCCCUGCCUGACCUACCUAACACACACGGUCAAACUCCCCUUAUGACGGCGGCAGUGUACGGGGAACGCGAAAUGGUAGAGAUUCUUGUAAAUGCUGGAGCGAAUCUCGACCUUCAGGAUGAAACAGGCACCACAGCUUUGAUUUGGGCCAGUAGGCGGGGUCAUGAUGAAGUCAUUUCCGUUCUACUGCAGUCUGGUGCCGACGUCAACAUCCGGGACAAGAACAGAAGAACAGCACUACACUGGGCCUCAAGGAAAGGUCACAUAAAGGCUGUAGCCCAACUUUUGGAGUCCUGCCCUGACCUGACCUCCACCGACAGAUCUGCUAAGAGUUUCCACUUGUUAGUCAGCUGA